ACGGCAGCACCUUGCAACUCCUACUUCACAGACAGCGAGAGGAGAAGAGUCACCACUCUGCGUUGGUUGAUCAGAAGCGACGAAACGCACCGAAACUGGCAUCUGCGCCGGAGGAGACGCAAAGGAACCGCGCAUCCCGCGUCCCCGUCCGCCUCGUCCACUCUGCCCCCUCGCAGGACAGGAUGAAAGGACUUUGGAGGACUGGACACUUUGGACAACGCGGACAGCAGCGCGCGGCGGAGGACGGGAUUUAGUGGAGAGAAGUUGGCGAAGACACUCGCCUUCAAGUCGUGAGGGGGGGAUUUGUGACUCUUUUUUUCCGCUGUCGCUAAACUGCUCUCCAAGCGCUGGAACGUGAGGAUUUAAAAGUAGUUUUGUGGGUUUUUGUGAAGUUUGCCGGAGACUAGAGGCUAUUUCACCAAAGGAAAGCUUGGUGCCAUCUAAACUCUGAAGACUGAUCUUUUCUGUCAAAACGGGAUACUGUGGGUCCGUGGUGGGGAGCUGUCGGACAGAUUCUUGCGGCAUCUGCGGCCGCCCUUCUGCUGGACAGUAUGCGAACGGAGGAUGUUGUCUAAGUUGGAGUCGGGCCUCGCUGCUCUGCGUCUGACCUCUUCGCCCAGAGGAAUGACUGCUCUGUGGUGCUCACUCUGGCUUUCUCUCCUCCUUCCUCUCACCGUCGUUCCAGCCGGGCUGCCCACUGCUCAGCCCACAGACCCUGUAUCCAGUGAGACGGCCUUCCUGGAGGACUAUGUUCUGGGCAUCGGGGACACUCUGGAAAUGUCAUGUGACCCGGAAGAGCAGGAAGACCACACGGAGCCUAUUGUGUGGUUAAAAGACGGCGCUGGACUUGUGCCUUGCAACCGGAUACGGUUGGGCCAGAGGAUGCUCCGCAUUAUCAAUGUGUCGUAUGACGACUCCGGGGUCUACUCGUGCCGGCUCGCUCGGAGCAACACGCUGCUCAGCAACUACACCAUCAGGGUGACAGAUUCUCUGUCGUCUGGUGAUGAUGAAGAUUAUGAUGAAGACCCUGAAGGUGCAGGUAAUGAAAAUGAAGCGCCAUAUUGGACCAGGCCAGAACGAAUGGACAAGAAAUUAUUGGCCGUUCCUGCAGCCAACACCGUCAAAUUCCGCUGCGCUGCGUCUGGAAACCCACCGCCAACCAUACACUGGCUGAAGAAUGGCAAAGAGUUCAAGGGAGAGCAGAGAAUGGGAGGCAUCAAGCUGAGACACCAGCAGUGGAGUCUGGUGAUGGAGAGCGCCGUGCCGUCAGACCGGGGAAACUACACCUGCGUUGUGCAAAACAAAUACGGCUCCAUCAGCCACACCUACCAGCUCGACGUGCUCGAGCGUUCACCUCACAGGCCCAUCCUCCAGGCUGGUCUGCCAGCCAAUCAGACGGUGGUGGUGGGCAGCAAUGUGGAGUUUCAUUGUAAGGUUUACAGCGACGCCCAGCCGCACAUCCAGUGGCUCAAACACAUUGAGGUGAACGGCAGUCGCCUUGGCCCCGACGGUGUUCCCUACGUCAACGUGCUGAAGAGUGUUGUCAGUAAACACAUUGAGACCCACAGUAAGUUGAAACUGUCCAACGUGACAGAGAAAGACGCCGGGAAGUACUGGUGUCGUGCUUCAAACUUUGUAGGAAAGUCAGAAAACGCUUUCUGGCUUAACAUAUACAAACCAGCAGUGAGUCCACAAAAGGAAGACUACUACGCCGACAUCCUUAUCUACGUGACAGGCUGCGUGCUCUUCAUCCUCGCCGUGGUCAUCGCAAUCCUCUGCCGUAUGAGGAUGACCACGCAGAAGACUCUGCCCACGCCUCCCGUGCAAAAACUGUCAAAGUUCCCCCUCAAGAGACAGGUAACAGUGUCCUUGGAUUCCAACUCUUCCAUGAACUCAAACACGCCGCUGGUCAGGAUCGCCCGUCUGUCGUCCAGCGACGGCCCGAUGCUCGCCAACGUCUCGGAGCUGGAGCUGCCGUCCGACCCCAAAUGGGAGUUCCCUCGGACACGGCUAACUCUGGGUAAACCUCUGGGAGAGGGCUGCUUCGGUCAGGUGGUUAUGGCUGAGGCUGUUGGCAUCGACAAAGAGAAGCCCAACAAGUCGCUCACUGUUGCUGUGAAAAUGUUGAAAGAUGACGCCACAGAUAAAGAUUUAUCAGACCUGGUGUCAGAAAUGGAGAUGAUGAAGAUGAUUGGGAAACACAAAAACAUCAUCAACCUACUCGGAGCCUGCACACAGGAUGGUCCUCUGUAUGUCCUGGUGGAAUACGCCUCCAAAGGCAACCUGAGGGAGUACCUGCGUGCACGGCGGCCACCGGGCAUGGACUACUCCUUCGACACGUGCAAAAUCCCCGAUGAGCAGCUCACGUUCAAAGACCUGGUGUCCUGUGCCUACCAGGUUGCCCGAGGCAUGGAGUAUCUUGCUUCACAGAAGUGCAUCCACAGAGACCUGGCAGCCAGAAACGUCCUUGUGACGGAGGACAACGUUAUGAAGAUCGCCGACUUCGGUCUCGCCAGAGACGUGCACAAUAUAGACUACUACAAAAAGACCACAAAUGGUCGUCUCCCCGUGAAAUGGAUGGCUCCAGAGGCUCUCUUCGACCGGGUCUACACGCACCAGAGCGAUGUGUGGUCUUAUGGGGUACUGCUGUGGGAGAUCUUCACCUUGGGAGGCUCGCCGUACCCAGGGAUCCCAGUGGAAGAACUCUUUAAACUGCUGAAGGAAGGACAUCGAAUGGACAAGCCUGCCAACUGCACCCACGAACUGUACAUGAUCAUGAGGGAGUGCUGGCACGCUGUGCCAUCGCAGAGGCCGACCUUCAGACAGCUGGUAGAAGAUCACGACCGGAUUUUAUCAAUGACCUCCACAGACGAGUACCUGGACCUGUCGGUGCCCUUCGAGCAGUACUCGCCCACCUGUCAGGACUCCAACAGCACCUGCUCCUCAGGGGACGACUCCGUGUUCGCCCACGACCCGCUGCCUGACGAGCCCUGUCUUCCCAAACAGCUUCCCAGUAACGGGGUGAUUAGGACAUAAAACCUGUGCCGGAGGAGGUCGGACAUUAACCUCUUCUCACAGUUUGUGACAGAAAUAUCACCGCUCACUGACUCAAGCACCUCAAGAUACGGAGAGGGACAAAAAAGAAAAAAAAGAAAACUCAGCAUGCAAUACUUCCACAGUGCUUCAGCUCUUUUUGAUUUGUCUUAAACUCUCGGACAAAGCUCUGUUUCGUGUUUUCUUUUUCUCCUCAUCCCCAAGAACUCUCUUUAAACAUUGAAGGAUUUUUUUUUCUUGCCGUUGAACCAUGUUUGUGUUCUUCUUUUCAGAAAUGAAAUUAUAUUUUUGUACUCGGGCCAGUCUUUUGUUACAGACAAUCUGUGGGGUGAAACCAUUCCGUGCCUACUGGGAUUAAACCUCCUGAGACUGGAUUUAGGAGGAGGAAAUGAAGGGCAUUGAUGAGUGACUUGUUGGUGAUCCAGUGGGUGGGGGUCCUCCGAUUUUCGGUUUGUUUUUUUUUUACUACACGGAGCCCUUUUAUCGCAAUAAAGCGAUCUGAAAGAAAAUUGAUGAACGAGAUACCAGCAAAGCCAGCGUGAGCUCAAUGACAGGAUUUGUUCUUCCGCAGAGUUACUAGAAGACGUUCAGCAACAGAGAGGAUCACGUGAGCGUUUCCUCGUGAACGUGUACGCCAUCAUCCGCAUUUUAGCUUCCUGGGAAAAAGAAAAAGUGAUAAUCAUGGAACAAAUUUUCCUCAUCAAAGAUGAGGCAAAGCUUCAGGGCCAUUCAGUAAUAAGAACAGCGAGGUUAUGAGGGUUUUUUAAAAAUGUAUCUACAAAGUGAUUUAUUGUAAAUAUAUAAAUGCAAAUAUGUAUCAUAAUGCUGUCCACAGCCGUGUACUUAAAAGACAAAAAAUGACAUUUUUUUAAGAUAUUGUUUUAGGAUUGGAAACUUUGCAAUCUAGGAGACACUGUCAUGAACGUGUAAAACACUUAAUCAGAAAAGGUUUAUUUGAGUAAUUAACGUGUAUAUUUGUAAAGAUAUUUAUAGACUUAACAUGUGGUUCUUAAGUUCGAAAGGUCUAGUUUAGGAUUUUUAGUACUGUACGCAAAGAUUUCUAUUUCAAUGGGUUUUUUCCUUUUGUUUUUGUAACUUAUUUUACAACCAAACUGCGAUAUUAUUUUCACAACUGGCAGACUCCUCUGGUUUCUGAUCCAUCUUUUUAUUGGUUUGUUUACAGUUUAGAAUGUAUGACACGAAGAUGAUUUGUUUUGUUUUGUUUUGAGAGCGAGAGAGUGCGAUUUGACUGCCGGAGGAGGACUCAUGAAGGCUGAAGGCUCCUGCUGAGGAGAGCCGGAUGUUUCCAAUGAGUUCUGAGUUCUGGUUUAGAAAAGUUAGCGUUUGCCGUAUCAAAGCGACGAUUAACUCUUGCUGGGCAAGAAAAAGCAGGAGAUGCGUACCGGGGAGACCUUCUAGUACUUAAACACAUAUUGAACAUCAACAACAAUGACUAGCUGUGAAUCAUAAGAAGCCUUCAGACCCCUUGUAAGGGAAAAAAAUCCUCCUGUUUGAACUGUUUUACUGUUCAGGCCAUGAAAAGAUUAAUGUGUUUGCUUCUAUUAUUUCAGUUCAAUUUAUGUAAUCACCAAAUCACAACAGUCUUCUCGAGGCGCUUUAUAUUGUAAGGUGAAGAAACUACAAUAAUACAGAGAAAACCCCAACAAUCAGAGCGAGCACUUGGCGACAGCGGGAAGGACAAACUCCCUUUUAACAGGAAGACUUCUGCUAGAUCCAGGCUGAGGGAGGGGCAGCCGUCUGGAUCAAUUGUUCUUCCAAGUUUUGGCAUUAUAGUCAUUUUUUACAUCUGACCACAAAGGCUGGUGUCAGAGUAACAUCUCACCUGCAAACAUGAAGGUGUUAGCCUGUAUUGACAGUUUUCUGUAGAGGGUUAGGGUUGAGAUUAGCAGCUACGAUGAGGGUUAGAAAUGGGCUUCUUCAUGUGUAAUUGUUAAAUGUCACUUGUUUCGUAGUCUAAAAUGACCAAAAAGAGGAAUUCAAGUUGCAUCACCUGUAGCUGGUGUUGUUUGAAAAGAUUUAACGUAAUUAUAGGGGGAUUUUUUUUUUUAAACAUGCUUCUGAAGGCUUCAAUUGCUUAACUCGUAAAGGUCACAGGGUCAGCGCUAACAAGCUGCGUUCAGUCUCAAAACUCUGAGCGCCUGUGUACACUUUCACGGAUGAAAAGAUCAGCUUGAAGGCAGAAAUGUAAAGCUGUUGUCCUUUUGUGCUUGAGUGUGAGGGAAAAACACUCUGCCCAAACGCUUGAGAUUUUAUCGCUGCUCUGUAGUAUUAAUACUGAAAUGAAGGCAUGCUGUGCGACUUACAGAUCACACGGCAACAAAAGAAACUAUAUAUACAGUAUAUAUAUAUAUAUAUAUAUAAAUAUUGGUUUGUUGAAUGAGACUCUGUGGUGGGUCCUUCUUCAAUUUCCAUUUGUUGAGAAAAGUGCCAAAUUAGUCUUAAAAGUCUAUUUUAUCAAAUUCUUCAUAUCUCUGAACCAAAUACUGCACUGGUGAAUGUAGGCGGACAGAGGUUUACACGUGCAGGGAAGGAUCAUGGGAUUUCCAAGAUGGAUGGAUCCAUCUUUUUGUUUUGUUUUUGUUUUUCUUUCUUUUUUUUAAUGCAGUCAUCUGUCUAGCUGACUCCUCCCUCCCCCAAAAAGCAAAAGCGUUGAAAUGUUUUCAGAAUCUGUUUUCAGAAAAGUCACAAAAGGGAAAGCGACGUUCAAUUGAAGGGUUCACUAACACAUUUUACUCGCUGCUAAAUGGAAAAGGUGCAGACACGCCGCUCUGCAAAGGCCUCGCUUCAGUGUGUGAGAUGACUUUAAACAUGUGGUCAUCCCUCACCUCACCUGAAGUACUUUAAAGUGUGACAAUUCAUAUUUUAAUUGAUUGCUUCACUGGUAGAGCACUGAAACAAGGCCUUUGCAUAGUGAGCAGCCACACAAAGUCGUAGUUAUUUCUGUUUUCAGAACAGUUUUUGGCCCAAAUCUGUAAAGUGCCUGGAAAUAAUUUAGGACAUUGGUUCAUUUUGAUCACAUUUUGAAUGUAUAAUUACCAAAAUAAAGUUCUCACUAGAAGCGGGCAACUAUUAGCCUGAUUUUUUUAUUUCUUUUCUUUCCCAAGUGAACAAAACAAACAAAAAAAGGCACUUCGGUAAAAGGUUGGAUGGAUCUAAUGAAACAGAUGAUGUUUUGUUGUAUUUAUUCUUCCAUGCUGGGUAAAAGCUUUCCCUAUGGUGAGAGUAUUUUUAUUCUUAACUAUUUCAGUUUUUCAGUGUUGUUAUUCAUUAAAGAGCCAGAAGAAGAAGAAGAAGAUGAUGAUGUAGAGUAGUAAUUGUACUAGAUGCUGAUGCUCCCCAUCAGGAUUUGCUCCUGGCAUAGUUUAUCUUUUAUUUUUUAUGUUAUUUCUGUGUCCAUGUCGAGCUUUUUACUCUUGACACUGAUGGCCUCUCUCUGUUUCAUCACUCUUAAAAUGAAUGUGUUGUUUUUAAGACGUGUCCCAUUUUUGGCAAUAACCAGGACCUCGUUUCCACGGUUUUGAUUUUGAGUCAUGUGAUUUCAGCAACCUGUCAAACACAUCUAUCAAAGAUAAUAAAUCUUCUAUAAAAUGUGACGGUGUUUCACAAUUCAAAUAAAAUCGGAAUCGGGAGUUUUAGUGGAGACGUUUCCGUAUUAUUGUGCAGAAGUAUCUGCGACACAUUAAAAACAACACAUAUAUUUGAGUGAAUAUGGUUGCUUUGCUACUAAACUGAACAACCCCCACAGCCUCAGCAGGGAGAGACUCUUACUGUACUUACAGUCACACGUUGACCUUUAAACGCUUGCGGUCACUGCUCGGAUUUAUUUAUUUAUUCUCCCGUUUCCGAUCAGGAGGGGAGGGGGAGGGGUGUCAUCUUACGUCUUUCCUUCCCUAUAUUGCACAACUACACCCAAACAUUCACGUCCUUUCUCACGUGGAUUGUUUUUUUUCAGUAAAUUGUCAAGCAGCUCCGCACUAUUUUCAUUUUUCUCUACGCUUCAUAUAGUUCUAACCUCGCGAUGACUUAGUCCAGCAUAAUUUAUAGUUUGAAAUGCGCUUUUACGUUGCUUAAGUAUGCACGAGUAGAGCUGUUUUGUAAGUAUCGUUUUCAUGCAUUUGUUUUAUUUCCGUCAUUUUGCAUUCUGCAGGGUUUGUUUGUCGGGGGUUUUGUGUUUUUUUGCAAAAGUUAUCCUCAGAUUUUAUUUUUUUUUCACAAUCACACUAUUUAUUUUUCCUCCCUCUGUAUUCAUGUUUCUAACAUAGAAAGGUGGAACUAACCAUUUGGCAUUAUUUGAUUUUUUUUUAGCGUGUGUGUAAUUCAUAGCUUUUGUUGUAACGUACCUGUUCUGCUCAUGGUGAAUCCUCUGUAACAUUCCACCAUCACACCCCCUCUGAGCAAACAAAACAACUUUCCACAACUCUCUCUUUAUGUCUCUCUCUCUCAGUUUCUCUCUCUCUCUGUGUCUCUGUGCCUGACAAACUAUGCUGUCCAAAAAAAAAAAAACGUUUUCAAUAAACAAUAUAAUAGCG